AUGUCGGGCGAUCACAAAACAUUGAUAAAAGGUAGUCCGUCACAAUAUGUAAAAUUAAACGUAGGUGGUACUUUAUUUUACACCACAAUUGGUACUUUAACUAAAAGUGAUAAUAUGUUGAGAACAAUGUUCAGUGGGAGGAUGGAGGUUCUUACAGAUUCGGAAGGAUGGAUCUUAAUCGAUCGAUGUGGCAAGCAUUUUGGAACAAUUCUGAACUAUCUUCGAGAUGGAACUGUGGCUUUACCUGAUAGUUAUCGUGAGAUUAUGGAACUGUUAGCCGAAGCCAAAUACUUCUUAAUCGAAGAACUCACAGACUCGUGUCAACAAGCUCUCAGUAAGAAAGAAAGAGAAGCAGAGCCUAUUUGUAGAGUUCCAUUAAUAACAUCUCAUAAAGAAGAGCAACUGCUAAUUAUGUCAACAUCCAAGCCUGUUGUGAAACUGUUGAUCAACAGACAUAAUAACAAAUAUUCAUAUACAAGUACAUCAGAUGAUAAUUUGCUAAAGAAUAUUGAGCUAUUUGACAAGCUAUCGCUGCGCUUCAGUGGAAGAGUCCUAUUCAUAAAGGAUGUUAUUGGAUCUAAUGAAAUUUGCUGCUGGUCAUUCUUUGGCCACGGUAAGAAAUGUGCAGAGGUUUGUUGCACGUCAAUUGUAUAUGCAACUGAUAAAAAACACACAAAAGUUGAGUUUCCUGAAGCCCGUAUUUAUGAAGAAACUUUGGGAAUUUUAUUGUACGAAAGCAGAAAUGGCCCUGACCAGGACUUGAUACAAGCAACAUCUUCACGUGGUGCUGUUGGGGGACUCUCUUGCACUAGUGAUGAGGAAGAGGAACGCUCUGGUUUGGCUCGCUUGAGAUCAAAUAAGCAGAACAAUCAAUCUUAGCGGUUACAGUCCGGUUUGGCUCGCCUUCGGAGCUCCAAACGUACGAACGUUUGAUACAAAGCCGGUUUUUACCUACCAAUUUGCUGGCUGCCAUGCUUUGGUAUAUAGAUUUGAUUGAACUUUUGUCUACUCUGUGAGUCUAUUCUCCUAUGACUUCUUAGACUUAUGGUGGUUAUAAACAUUAAGUGAAGCAUUUAUUAAAAAUUUAUAAUGUUGAACAAAUCACCAGAUCUAUAGUGUAAAAAUCCAUUUUUAUAUGUAAAUACUUAAUAAAUAUCAUGUAGUUGAAGUAUUACAUAAAAUUCAAA